AUGGCUCAAAUUUUAAAUGAUACCAAAAGCUUCACACAUUUUACGGAAAUUAGUAAAAAUGAGUACUCCUUUAAAAUCCUUGAAAAUAGUAAAUAGAUAGAACAUAUACCUAGAUAUGCUGUAUAAAGGAUAAUUAUCUGAUAAUAAGCUGUAGAAUGGAUAUGGAAAAGCAAUUUUUCCCAAUGGUAACAUUUGAUCAUUAAUACAGGCGAUAUAUAUGAUGGAAAUUGGAACAAUAAUUAGAUGGAUGGCUAUGGAAAGUACACAACAAUUGAUGACUAAAUCUAUGAAGGAUUUUGGGAAUAAAAUUAAUUUAAGGUAACAGGAAUAAAAAUUACACUGCCUACAUUUGACUCAUAAAUGAUGACAUCAAAGAUUGAACAAGAAAUAUAUAAAAAAUACAAAGAAACAGAUACAAUCAAUUUUGAUGACGGUAAGAUUUUAACACUAAUUAGGUUCCUCAUAUAGAGGUGAAUUAAUAGACAAUGUAUAAGAGGGUUGGGGGGUUUAGGUUGAUUAAAACGGUAUGAAUUUAUAAAUUAUAACAAGGCCAAAAGUAUGAAGGACAAUGGAAGAGAGGGAUGUAUAAUGGAUAUGGUAUCAAGCAUUUUGUUAAUGGGGAUGUCUAUAUUGGCCAUUGGAAGAACGAUGAAGCAACUGGUUAUGGAGAGUAUUAAUACGUUGAGGGAGCAUUUUAUAGGGGGUAUUGGCUAAAUAAUUUUAAACAUUAUUUUGGGAUUGAGAAAUGGAAGGAGGCAGCUGAAUAUAUUGGAGAAUUUAAAAACGGAUUAAAGGAUGGGAAAGGAACUUUGAAAUUUAUUGAUGGUUCAAUUUACGAAGGAGAAUUUGUUAAUGAUGAAAUUCAAGGUUAUGGUGAGUAUCGAUGGGUUGAUGGUCGUACAUAUAUUGGUGGAUGGUAGAAUAACAAAAUGUAAGGAAAUGGAAAAACUACUUGGCCUGAUGGAAGAAUCUAUGAAGGGUCAUAUGAUUAAGAUUUGAAAUAAGGGUUUGGUUUGUUUUGUUGGCAAGACGGAAGGAAAUAUGUAGGAAAUUGGAUGUAAGGAAAAUAACAUGGGAUUGGAAUUAUGUGGGGAUAGAAUGGAGACUACUAAUUCGGGGAGUGGUUUGAAGGAAAAAGGAAAAGAUGGUUAAAUUAAAUAUAAGAUUCAGAUUUAAUAGAAGGAUUUAAAUCCAAUCAUUAAUUGUAUUACUUGUCUAAUUAAAUAGAAUUUAUAGUGAAAAUGUUAAAUAGGUAUUGACUGAUAAAACAGAUGAAUCUCCUUUGAAAGCAUGUGAUAGUGCAUUAUCUCUACCAAUAAAUAGUGAUAAAUAGCUAGUUAGUAGAUUUAAUCUAACUUUUAUUUAAAAGAAUGGCUAAAUUUAUGUUGGAGAAACAUUCAGAGAAGAAAGAUCUGGAAAAGGAAAAUUAUUUUCUUAAGAUGGUUCUAUUUAUGAUGGGUAUUGGUAGAAUGGCAAAAGACAUGGGUAUGGUAAGUAAGUAUAUGCAAAUGGUGAUAUUUAUGAAGGACAUUGGAUUAGUGAUAAUCAAAAUGGAAUUGGCAGAAUGACUUAUUCAGAUGGAAGCAUUCUAGAAGGAUUUUGGAGUGGUUUGAAUUUGGAUGGAUACGGAAAAUAAAUACUAUCUAAUGGUAGUUACUAUGAAGGGUAUUUUAAGAAUUGUUUGAGACAAGGAGAAGGAAAAUUACUAUUUGAAGAUGGUUCAUAUUAUGAAGGAUAAUUUGAACAAAAUGAAAUUAUUGGUAAAGGGACAUACACUUGGAAUGAUGGUUCCUAGUAUAAAGGAUAUAUGAGAAAUGGAUAGAAACAUGGAUAAGGCACAUUUAUUAAUUGCGAUGGAGAUUAUCACAUUGGAGAGUAAAGAAUUAAUAAUAUAAACUCUUAGAUUUUACAAAGACACUUGCCAUGGAGAAGGGACUUUCGAGUAUAGUGAUGGCAAAAUCUAUGUGGGAUCUUGGUUUCAUGGUAUGAAACAUGGGUUUGGACAGUUGAAAUUUCCUAAUGGACAAACCUAGGAAUUGUAGUACAUUUUGGGCGAAUUAAAAAACUGA